AGGCUUCAGCAAGCGCGUUUGCUCAUAUUGCGCUUCUAUCCUGGGUCUCACGCGCGACGAUCUCGACCUUACCUCGCGAGGGACGACCUCCACCCAGUAACCCCCAGUACCAGCCGAUGCCGUACGCACUCACACUGCUCUCGCUCUCGCUCUGCCCGUGUGUUGCCUGUUGGCCUUGCGGCUUGCAGCUUCUCCUCUAGCUCCUCUCCCCCGUCCUAGCAAUUCAAACGACCUCCCUGGUAAAACUCACCUCGUCUCAACUACCCCCCGUACACCCCCUUUUCUUUUCCAAGGUAAAAAUCUCGAUCAAGGAAAAGAAUCUUCAAAAUGCCUAAGCAAAUCACCGACAUCAAGAAGUUCUUGGAGAUCGCCAGGAGAAAGGACGCCAAGUCGGCCAAGGUCAAGAAGACCCUCCUCCACCCUACCCCCGUCGGCCCCAACGCCGUCCUCUCCAAAAAGGCCAAGGCCGCCGCUGCCCAGGGCAAGCAGGUCACCAAGUUCAAGAUCAGGUGUUCCCGAUACUUGUACACCUUGGUCCUCGAGGAUGGUGAGAAGGCCGAGAAGCUGAGGCAGAGCUUGCCCCCUGGUCUCGCCGUCGAGGACGUCGGUGCCAAGGCUUCCAAGAAGUAAACAACCUCUUCCCCGUUGUUUUCUUCUUUCCGGCUCCUGUUUCUCUUCUACGACGACGACUCCUCCCACCUCUCUUUAUCGCCUCUCCACCUUCACCCCAAACCAACCAAAUCAAACAAUUCUCCCGACCUGGACCUAGGUCGAUCGAUCCUCUUCUACUCUGUCUUUGCACUAGAUUCGACCUGGGUCCGACUCACAAGGUUGGGAGAGAAACGGGACCGAUCUUCAUCUUUACCCCGACACAACAAUUCGACGAGGAACGGACGGCGGAUACGAAUGGAUGAGGGAAUGCUGGAAUGCUCUAUACCGAGACGGACGGCAGAUAGCCUAGGCAGUCGACGGUGGUUGUCUGGCUGGUACUCGUUCGCUUUGUCAUUUUUGUCUGUUCGGCCUUGUUAGAAUUAUGGAUGAAAUCGGUCUCGAGCAUUA